AUUCAUUACAAAGUCUACCUUUCCAUUAAUUACCAAACCUUCCACUUCCACGCCUUUUUUAUUUUAUUCUUUUUCAAGUAUUCAACUCUCAAAAACAACAACUGUUUCAUCAGUUUGGAAAACAAGAGAGAGUUAUUAGGGAAUGGAGAAUAAUAAUAUUUCAACACAAUGCUUCUCUUUCUCGAAACUCCAAUCAUCAUGUCACAAUAUCAUCUAAUAAUCUCUCAUCCGAAUUAAUAACAGCAACCAAGAUCUCAAAAGAUGGAGAGCUCAAUUGGUUUCAUGACAGUCUUCGCCGUCUCCGGAAGCGUGGUCCUCCUUGCUGCUCAGCUUCACAAGCGUCUCCUAUCCGAAUACAUGGGCAAGGUCGAACCUCAACAUCCUACCAAGGAAAAGAAGAACAAGAAUAAGAAAGUGAGCUUUGCAGAAGAUAUGGUGGAGCCGUCAGGGAACAACGAAGAGUAUCGCCGGAGUUUUCGCAAAUCAAAUCAGAAGCAUAAUCCCGCAAAAGAGUCAUGUUCUGUAAUAACAAGUCAACAUUCAACACAAUAAUUUUCUCUUUUUUCUUUCUUUUUUUUUUAUUUUCCUAAUUUGGUAUUAAUUGUACACCAUUCCAUUUAUAUAUAUAUUUUUGUAUAUGUCAACUUGUCAAUGAACGUGUAGAUGUGUUGUUA